AGGUAGGUAUGUACUAUGUAGUAACUUGUUGUAAUAAUAUUAUUGUUGGCCGUGUGCGCGUACGACGCCUCUCGUCUUAUCUCGUUCGUCCUACCCCUCGACCCACGUCUCGUUAUCAUUGCUGUAGUCAUACCUCCCACCUCGGUGUCCGAAUUAUUGCAAACUACACAAGUGUUCAAGACUCAAAAGUGCGCCCAUAAGAUUCCGAUUUGCGAUACGUGACGGCUGUACGACGCUUUAUAAUCAUUUGUAUUGUUGUGUUUUUACAUUUUUGUCCAACGCCUCGUUCGACAGUUUACACGUGGCUCGUGUUAACGCGUUUAUUGUUUACUCGGCCGAUUCGCAACAACAAAAAUAAUAUUAAAAUAUUGUAGUUUGGUUUUUUUUUCUAGUAGGUACAUACAUACCUAUCCCCGUCCUCGACACGGGGCAUUGUACUGGCUUGUUGACAUAAAAAAAUAUACUGCCACUACUGCCACUUUUUGUUUUUGUUUGGUGCGUUUGACAGUGUUACAGCGCCGUCCAAGGGAAAUAAUAAUUGCAUUUCAGCGACAUCGUCCAAUUAAUCAAGGUAUCGGACAUGUAUCCCGAAGUGCCGAAAAGCGAGAUGCCGUCGGCGCCGCCGUCUUACUCGGAGUCGGUAGGGGCUCCGCCUUACGGUAUGGCUCCUAACUAUUAUCCUGAUCACAAUGCGGCUUCUAUGAAUUUGAAACCCAACGACGGUCAGCAGCAGCAGCCCACUCAAGUGAUCGUUGUUCAUGCUUCAGCGAUUCCUCCGUUGGGUCAGACACCAGUAACUCUAAUAUGUCCGACAUGUAGAGCGCAAGUGGUAUCGAGUAUUCGCGAAGAAUCUUCCAAUGGGGCUUAUCUUUGUUGCAUGCUCUUAUUCGUUGUCGGGUGUGCACUGUGCUCGUGUGUACCGUUUUGCAUGGACUCGUUCAAGAAAGUGCAUCACACUUGCCCAAAAUGCGAUACGUUCUUCGGCACGUACCAACCAUAAGCUAUCGUUACAUAUUAUAAAGUAUACAAACGCUAUCAAUGCAUUAAGUAUUCUGCUUAAAAAAAAAAAAAAUUAAAAUUUUUUUUUAUGUGCUUAAUAUCUAUUAGUAUCUAUUAUUAUAAUUAUUUAUAAAUAUUAUUUUAAUUAUUAAAUCAAUUUCUAUCGUGAAUUUCGCAGCUGAUAAUGGAUCAAAUUGUUGUUAAGGUUAAUUUUUUACGCGCAGCCACAAACAAACAGUGUGCAAAAAUCGUUGAAUCGUAUUUACAUAUUUUGUUAUCUCUUCAUGUUAAAUUUUUAUUGCUAGUUAAAAUUAAUAUUACCACAUUUUUGUCGACACACUUAAUUAGUUGAAGAUUACUUUAAUUAAUUAUUGUUUUUUUUUUUUUU